AUGGAACAGGACAACGUUUGGAAGUUAAUUCCUGAGCUUAGAGAAAAGAUGCAUGUCCACCAAAAGAAAGCUUUCCAAUUUCUGUGGCAAAAUAUUGGAGGGUCUAUGGAUCCAAGACUAAUGGAUGCAGAAUCCAAAAGAAGAGGGGGUUGUGUCAUAUCUCAUUCACCUGGAUCUGGUAAAACUUUUCUUAUCAUUGCAUUUCUCAUUAGCUAUUUAAAGUUGUUCCCAGGGAUGAAGCCUCUUGUCCUUGCUCCAACAACCACGCUUCACUCUUGGCACAAAGAAUUCAUCAAAUGGGAUAUUUCUAUGCCCGUGUAUGUGAUUCAUGGAGGUAGUGGACCUCAGACAGAUGACAUGCAAAAUUCAGUAUCUCUUCCUUGUUUUCCAAAUCCAAGCAAAGAUGUCAAACAUAUUUUGAACUGCUUGGACAAGAUAAAAAAGUGGCAAACACACCCAAGUGUUCUGGUCAUGAGUUAUACCUCAUUCUUAGCAUUAAUGAGAGAGGGUUCAGAGUUUGCACACAGGAAGUAUUUGGCUAAAGCAUUGAGGGAAAGACCUGGGAUCCUGAUACUUGAUGAAGGGCACAAUCCUAGAAGUACCAAAUCAAGGUUGAGGAAAGUGUUGAUGAAAGUAGAAACAGAUAUAAGAAUACUACUUUCUGGUACAUUAUUCCAGAACAACUUUUGCGAAUACUUUAACACACUUUGCUUGGCAAGACCAAAGUUUAUAUACGAAGUGCUGGAUGAGUUAGAUUCGGAUGUCAAAAGGAGAAGCAAAACGCCAGAGAAGGCACGUCAUCUGUUAGAGUCUCAAGCAAGAACUUUGUUCAUAGACAACAUUGCUAAGAAAAUUGACUCAAAUAAUGGAAAUGAAAGGAUGCAAGGCCUAAACAUGUUGAGAGGAAUCACAAAUGGUUUCAUAGAUAUUUAUGAGGGUGCAAAUUUUGACAGUGUUCCUGGCUUGCAAAUGUACACGUUGCUCAUGAAUACAGCGGACAUGCAGAGUGAAAUUUUGCUGAAACUGCAUAGGAAACUGGCUGAGUGCACAGGGUACCCUCUAGAGUUGGAGCUUUUGAUAACCCUUGGAUCAAUACAUCCAUGGUUGGUUAAAACAGCCUCAUGUGCAAACAAGUUCAUCGCUUUAGACCAACUGCAACAGCUAGAUAAAUGCAAGUUUGAUUUGAAAGGAGGGUCAAAAGUUAAAUUUGUUAUGGCCCUUGUUCUCCGUGUUAAAGAGAAGGAGAAAGUACUUAUAUUUUGUCACAAUCAUGCACCUGUGAAUUUAUUGGUAGAGUUAUUUGAGAUGGUCUUUCAAUGGAAAAAAGAUAGAGAAAUCUUGUUGCUUAAUGGGAAACAAGACCUCUUUGAACGUGGAAAAGUGAUAGAUAAGUUUGAAGACCCUAGAGGAGCAUCAAAGGUACUUCUUGCUUCAAUUACAGCUUGUGCUGAAGGCAUUAGUUUGACAUCAGCGUCAAGAGUGAUUUUUCUGGACUCAGAGUGGAAUCCAUCAAAGACAAAACAGGCUAUUGCAAGGGCCUUUCGUCCUGGUCAGCAAAAGAUGGUUUAUGUGUAUCAGCUCUUGGCAACAGGCACGUUAGAAGAAGAUAAGUACAGAAGAACAACUUGGAAAGAGUCGGUUUCUAGCAUGAUUUUUACUGAGGCCUUUGAGGAGAACACUUCACAUUCAAAAGCAGAGAUGAUUGAAGAUGAUAUACUGAGGGAGAUGGUGGAGGAGGACAAGUCCAAAUCAAUUCAUAUGAUACUCAAGAAUGAAAAGGCUUCCACAAACUGA